ACAAAGAGCAGCAACAUUAAAGGGAAGAUGGCUUAACUAGUGGGGGAAAAGAAAAAGAUUUUGAAGAAGCUGUUUUUGUUUCCAGGGUUGAAUGGAAUUACAUACACUUUCAAGAUGAACAGUACCACAAAGUCUGCCAGAAGUCUGCUACAGUCUAAAGCAAGGAGAAGUUCUACUGUGCAAGACAAUUACCUAAAGGAAUUAAAUGAGGACUUGAAAAUAAGAAAAGAGGAGUUGGUGGAAAUACUGAAACCCUUGGAAGAGAAGAAUGGCACCUUACUCCAGAACUUAAUGACAAAUUUAGAGGAAAAACAAAAGAGUCUACAGAUCAUGAGGCAGAUCAUGGUAGCUAAAGGGGGUGAUUCUGAUGAUACCAUUGUCCUAGAGAUGAUCCAAGAAGCAGAAGAGCUAAAACAGAACCUGGAAAGAAAAAAUAUGUUGCUUCGAAGAGAAAUGGAUUUGCUAUGGAACAAGCAAGCAAUUGAAGAUGAGCAUCGUUGUCAACAGAAAGAAAUGCUACUCAAAACUAAGGCAGAAAUGAAAGCGUUAAAGGACAAGCUUCAGAGGCAAAAGGAUAUGAUCACCUUUCAACGGGAACCUGACAAACUUCAGGAACUUCAUGGUAAAGUGAUUGAGGAGAACAUCGAUACAAUGAUGAACCCUCAGGCAAAUGACCUUUUACUACAUGAUCUGAGUGAGAAUUUGGAGACAUCUGAAGACUGCUCCAAAUUUCAUAGUACCUCAAGUAGGUAUUCCAGGUCCUCCGGCAGUGGGCAGAAAUCAAUCUCUGAAUGUGGGAGUUUAAGGAGCAGAGACCUUAGUAGAAGAUCCAGAUUCUAAGGAAAAUCUGGAUGAUGCUGUAAGCAGGUACAGGAAGACUCCUUUACAGGUUAAUUUUCUACAUUAAGACUUCUAAGAUAUUUGUGAAUAAAAGGAUUCACCUUCCCUCUCAUUUCUCAAAUAAUUUUACUUUGAUUUAAUACGUUUAAUUCCGGAAAGAAUUCAGGAAUGAUGUCAAAAUGCACCUUCUUAGGAAGAAGAAACGAGUUUGGAAGAAGAAAAAGAUGUUAGGCAUUGGAUGACAUUUUGCAAGUUCAUACAGUAACAAUCACUUAAAAACCAUCAAUAAAAGGAAUUCACUAAUAAUUGGAACAACAAGUUUUUUUGGUAAUAUUUUAUUAGAGCAUACUGAAUUUUUGCAGAGAUCAUUGGCAUUAUGUAUAUAAUGUGUAUACAGAAUUGAAUUUUAUUAAUAAAUUCUAAGUUCCUGCAAUUUUAACAAAUACUUGCUACAUAAAGGUAUAGCUUAAAAUAUCAGGGAUAUAUAACUACUGGCUAAGAAUUAAAUAUAUUCAUUCUCAAAUCAAUUUUACUAGAUUUUAUCAUAUGUAGUAUUCUGCUAAGGACUGUAAAAAACAAAGUCCAAGAUCUUAUGAUAGCAUUAGUUUGUAGUAGGCCCUUAUUAAAUGUAAUAUAGGUAGUGACUUACUUCUGCAUUAAAACAUAGAAUUAGAUGGCUAUAGUAUAAACUGAAAUCAUGUAACCCACCUCCUAAUUUUACAGACAAGGAAACUAAAGUCCAGAGUAUUGACUUGCCCAAACUCUCAGCCAACAGUGGGAGAUCUGGGUCUAGAAUACACAUCUUUUAACUAGCACCUUUCAUAUGAGAAAUAAAAAAUUUAAUUUUGCAUUCAUAAAAAGAAAAAAAUUAGAUAUUUUGUAAUGUGUAACAAGCAGUGUAUCUCUUUUAUUCUUUUUACUUGGUUUGAAAUGUAGGAAAUCAUUUUCAGAGAUCAUUUCCCAUCUGUAAAUAUUUUUAUAAAAAGUAUUUUUACAUACAUACACAAGGGGCUAUAUAAAUAUAAGUUGUCUUGUUGAAUUCACCUAUGUUUCUUUCCAUUAUCUCAAUGGGGCUAAACAUUUAUUAAAGGCCUAUCCAUCUGAGUCUUCUGAGUUGAACAGUUUUUUUAAAUAGCUUUGCUUCAUUGGGAUAAUUCAAAGUCACCACCACAUUUACUGGGGGCUCUAACAUAUUUACAAACAAGUUUAAAGUAUGAGUUAUAGUAAGCAGAAUUAGUCUAGAAGACCUUCUAAAAAAAAAUCUACAACACUCCAACUAAAAAAACUCUACUAAA